AUGGAGUCUAAGACAAAGGUAAUCAUUGCAGGAGCUGGCAUUGCCGGCCCCGUACUGGCGAUCUUCCUCAAGCUCAAAGGCUACGAGCCCGUGGUGUACGAGAGGACUCUCUCUGUCCCAAACGCUGGCCUAAGCCUCUGUUUGCAGCCCAACGGUCUGCGCGUACUGUCGCUCAUUCCGGGUUUCGUCGACAAGCUCGUCGGCAAGCAAAUCAGUAAAGUUGUACAUUAUUCCCUCCUUCCUGAGGAGGAGGCUGUUCUUGCCGAGUCUGGGCUUGUUUCGAAGCUGCCCGAGACAGUCGGGUUCGGUCUGUUCGGUAUCCGCAGACCGAAAUUCCACCGCCAAAUUAUUGAGGAGGCGGAAGCCCACGGCAUCAGGAUCGUAUGGGGGCACCAAGCAGUAGGCUUCGAACAGAGCGAGGACCACGUCAAGGUCACCUUCGCAAACGGCAACACGGAUACAGCGAGUUUUGUUAUUGGCUGCGAUGGCUUGCACAGCAACACUCGUAUCAGCCUCUUUGGCAAGGAGCCGGUCAGCUUCACAGGGCUUACCCAGACGGGCGGCGUCUCCCCCGCGCCAGAUGCACGGAGGGACUACGGCAUGCGUAACUUCUAUGCCGAUGGGGCGCACAUGAUCCUGUAUCCUGUAAACGACAGUGAGAUCUCUUGGGCCAUUACCCAACGCGAGCCUGAAACAAAAGAGACAUGGGGUCACAUGGACGAGGAAGCUCAGAGGGCAUUCAAGGAAGGCCCCUGGUCGCAGUGGUCGUUCGGCGCAGGCGAACUGGUCCGGUCGUGCGAUAGGAUCGUCAAGUUCGGUCUAUAUGAUCGCCCCGAGUUGUCAGUAUGGCACAAGGGCCGCGUCGUUCUGCUUGGAGACGCCGCACACCCCACUAGUCCGCAUCUCGGACAAGGCGCCAACCAAGCGUUCGAAGACGUCUACCAUCUUGUCCGCCUGUUGAAGAAGCACAACCCGUCAGCGAGUGCGCCAUCCACUGAGCUUCUUUCCACAAUCUUCACAGAGUACGAGAGUCUACGCAUGGCGCGGACGUCCGCGCUAGUGAAGGGUGCACGCAAGCAAGGAGAAGCUCGCGUCGUUGAAGGAGUGGAGGCGUGCAAAGCGAGGAACAACAGUAUCCGCGAGGCCUGGAGAGACGGGGAUGCCAUAACCGCCGGCUACAUGGAACUAUACUCUCACCCAUUCUUGGAGAAGAGUGACAUUUAG